AUAGUUGCCAACAUGAAUCACCUCAUGGAAUAAUACAGCUUGUCGACCCUGAUGCUGCCGACCGGCUACAACAAUCCGAUAAUAUUUUUCAUCGAGGACAAGCAGCCCACAAGGAUGUCUUCGACGUUGUCAUUGAGGCAAGGGACAAGGGAUCAUCAUGCUCCUGCCCGGGAACCACAUUGACGGCGGGAGCCAUCGCCGAUCGCGUCCGGAAGCCGCUGUAUGUGCUGCGCGUCGGCGAGCUGGGAUGACAUGCGGAGAUGUGAAACACCGACUGAAUACGGUCCUUGAGCUCGCUGAGAAGGGGGAUGCGGUUCUGCUGUUCGAUGAAUGCGAUGUGUUCCUGCCAGAGCGGUCGAGCAGUCAGCUGGAGCAGAACAAUGUGGUGGCUGUUUUCUUGCGUGGCGUCAUGAUCAUGACCUCGAACCGCGCCGACACAAUGGAUCAAGCUUUCCAGAGUAGGAUCCUUCUCACCAUGUACUAUCCGGACCUGGAUUCAACUGCGAGGGAGCAUAUCUGGCGCCGCUGCACAUCCAGUCAAAGGGCCAGUUUGUGCUGACCGAUGAGGUCUUCCAGCUUCUCUCUUUAUGAAUGGCCGACAGACCAAGAAUUUGCGGCCCUGGAAGAUACGAGUCUUGGCAUGGAGCAGAUCGGGACUGUGCUUGAGGCGACGCGAAUGGUGUUGUUGUUAGGAC